AUGCCUGCCGUAGUCGGGGUAUCCGGCGGCCCUGGCGUGCCUUUGUCUUUCGCCAACAACUUUUGGGGAAAGGAUGACGCUGGUGUCGUGCCUCUACUCGAGCCCCGAGCGAAUAUUGAAGAUGAAUACGCCAAGAAACUUCUCGCCCUUUCACGCAAAAACCUCGGAUCGCAAGAAACAGGAUCUUUAAAAGCAAGCUUGGAUGUUGUCAAACUGGAGCUGGAAUCCAUCGGGAAGCAACAUGCUAAUGUCGCUGCCCAAAUGAAAAAUGAAUUGGACGAUGCAUUGACCGCUUUUACCGGCGCCAUGAGAGAGAGACGGAAAAUCGUCCAGCUUGGCGUUGAGAAGUUACUAAAAUCGAAAAUGUCUCAAACGAAUAGUGUCAAUAAGACAAGAGACCGCUACGAAAAAGACUGUCUUCUCAUCAAGAACUAUUUAGCACAAGGUCAUAUGGUUAUGGGGCAAGAGGAGCGAAAGAACAAGGCAAAACUCGAAAAGACCCAAGUCCAACUUACCGCCUCGAACAAUGAGUACGAAAACGCGAUCAAGACCCUCGAAGAAACAACCGCACGCUGGAAUAGGGAUUGGAAGGCAGCCUGCGACAAAUUCCAGGACCUUGAGGAGGAAAGGUUAGACUUCAUUAAAGCUAGCCUGUGGUCUUUUGCCAACAUUUCUUCAACCGUUUGCGUUACCGAUGAUGCAUCUUGCGAAAAGAUUCGUGUCUCGCUCGAGGAUUGUGAAGUGGAGAAAGACAUAGUUCAUUUCAUUCAGUCAAAAGGAACGGGUGGAGAGAUACCAGAUCCUCCAAAGUACAUAAAUUUCUGCAGAGGAGAUGUAUCUGAUGACGGCCAGUCCAUGGAUGAAGCAGGACAUAGUCUUGCGCAGUUCCCUCGUGAAGGAAAUCCAUCUUUUCGUUCGGCUUCCCCAAUCCCACCGCCGAUGAGUCUCGACCAAACCGUUGAAGAUGUUGAAGACGAAUCUGUGGGUAUUCCCGAAACAGUCACGACCUCUGCUCGUAGCCGGCGAAGCCAAAGCCGCGAGGCUCCGGCUAAAGCUAAGAGAAAGUCAGACACUCUUGUCGCUAAACUGAAGAAGUCGAGGUCUAAACCAGACAUUUCAGAAGCGAAGGAAGAGAAGAGGAGAGCAAAGGAAGAGAAAGAAGCCAGAAGGAAGUCACGCAGCACGCCAGAAUUUAGAGACGAGGAACCCUAUAGUCCCGGCGGAACAAGUGAUAGAACUCCGAAUAAAUCGCAUCGAGAGAGAGAACGGGAGAGGGAGAGAGAAAGAGAACGCGAGCUCGAGCGUGAGCGUGAGCGUGAAAGAGAAAGGGAACGUGAAAUGGAGUUGGAGAUGGAGAGGCAGAGAGAACUAGAGAGACAUAGGGAAAUGGAAAGGCACAGGGAGAUGGAGAGACAGAGAGAGAGGGAAAGGGACCACGGGGCAUCUUCAAGAGGGAGCAGGCAUUACGACGGUUCUAGAGACCAUGCAGAGUCAUAUUCCCAUGGAGGAAGAGAUAAUAGAGAUCAGCAAAGACAAGAUCCUUACGCAAAUGGCCCUUCAUAUUCACAGGCUCCAAGUCGACAAUCUGCCUAUAGCGAUUAUCCCGGGGACGGGAGGUAUUCCCGCCGACAACCAUCUGACCUUGGUUCGGCCGGUAGUCCAGAGCCCCGACCUCUAAGCAGUUAUGGUGGUAGCGAGUACUCCAACCCCACUAGCAUUUCUUCUGGAGACGCCUUCGACCAUGUGCAACAGCAAUUAGCAUACGAGCGGCAGCAAGCAGAGUCGAAGAGCCCCACCAAGAAGAAAGGCUUUUUAUCUCAUACCCCGUUUAGGAGACGGAGUAAGGACAAGGAACGUGAUCGUGGACGAAAUGGCUAUUCCCAAUCACCGCAAUACCAUGACCCCCAAAUGAUGGCGAUGAACCAGCAGCAGUAUCAUCAACAGCCUCCUCAAAAUCAGUGGCAACAGUCACACCCGCAACAACCUCCCCCCCCUCAAACUCAGCAACAAUACUACCAACAGCAACCCCAGCCGCAGCCUCAAGCACGACAGCAGCAAUCUACUGCACCAGUAUCCCACAGGCAAACAUGGUCUCCGCAUACUGCUCAACAGCAGACCCAACAAGCUCACCAAUACGGCCAACCUCAGCAAUCUACGCGGGCACUGCCAAACCAACCACCACAGUCUGCACCUCGCGCAGCGCCCAACUAUCAUUUUGAGACUACACCAGAGCCCGAACCAAUUGACCCGAGAGCCAGUGUUAUGUUGAAUAUCGGGGGCAACAUGUUUGACGUUACUGCUAGCCAGGCAAAAAACGAGCAGAGCUCUCGCAUUCCCACAAGGGCGGAGGAACCCCCUCCCCCAAUAGACGAUGAUAUUGAUCUUGACCCCAUCGCACAAGCUCUUGCAGAGCUGAAGGGGGUUCACAAAAGGGUCAAUACGAAUGCGAGAGCUACUGCAGAUAGGUUCUAUGGACUCCAGACACCCGCCCCACCUGCGACCCCCGGACUUGGAGGGAGAGAAGCCCGUGCCCCUCAGCUUCAAAGAACACAAAGUGAUUUGAGCUAUAUGGCUCCGCCUCCAGGGAAUCCACCGCCACGAAAUCCAACACCCCAAGCCAGAGCUCCAAGCCCCGCUCCGGUUGCAGCUCCCCAACAGCAAGCCCCCCCACCUCAGCAAUCCGCUCCUCUUCCUAUUCGCCAAGAGCCUCCUAAACAAAGUGCAUUAGGCUUACCCCCCCCUGCUUUCACAUCAGCUCAAAUGCAAAAAACAACCCAACGAUAUGUGAAUAAAGCUCAAAACCUUCUUAACAAUGAACAAAUCAUCCCCCCAGCUCAGCCUCAGGUAAAUCUCCGUCAAAGGUCUAAUACAGAUGAUAGACCACUUAGUCGGCAAAGCCAACGUGCUCUCCCAACCCCUUCAUCUGCAAAUGAAACGCUACAGCGAGCUGCUAGUCCUGCUAUUCAACAACGUAGCCAGUCUCCUCACCCGGGCCUUGUGGUGGCGGACCCAAUGACCGCGCUUGUACCAAUAAGCGCUGCCCCGCCACCCCCGCCACCUUCAGCAUCAUCCCGCCAGGCCCAAUAUCUCGCCACCCAAAGAGGACAGCAGAAUUCUUUUUUAGGCCAGCAACAGCUGCAGCAACAACAGCUGCAGCAGCAGGAAGAAGCGCGGAGACAAGCACAGGCACAAGCGGAGCUACAAGCCCAGCAAGAGGCCCAAGCUAGAGCCAGGGCUGAAUCUGAGGCCCGAGCUCGAGAAGCCCAAGCACGUGCUCAAGCUGAGGCCAGAGCUCAAGCUGAAGCACGAGAAAAAGCUGAAGCUGAAGCCAAGGCUAGAAACCAGGCGGAAGCGCAAGCUAAAGCAGAGGCACAGGCUAGGGCCCAGGCUGAAGCACAAGCUCGCGCGAAAGCAGAGGCUCAAGCAAAAGCAGAAGCGGAGGCUCGUGCACUUGCUGAAGCAGAGACCCUCGAAAACCAGCGUCGAGAACAGCAACAAGCUCAGGCCCAGGCCCAGGCGCAAGCUAGAGCCCACGCAGAAGCCCAGAGGCAGCAGGAGUUGUUACUCGAGCAGCAGAGGAAGAUGGAUGAGCAACGGAAAGCCGCUGAGCAAAAACGACAACAGUUGGAGAUGCAAAAGCAGCAGGAGCAACAUGAGGCCCAGCUUAGAGAGCAACAGGCUCGUGAACAGCAGCUCCAAGAGCAGCAAAUGCGUGAACAGCAACUCAAAGAGCAAGAAGAGCAGCUUAGAGAGCAACAGCUUAGAGAGCAGCAACUCAAGGAGCAGCAAUUCAAGGAGCAGCAAUUCAAGGAACAACAAUUAAGAGAACAGCAGAUGAGAGAGCAGCAAAUAAGAGAGCAGCAAAUGAAGGAGCAGCAAAUCAAGGAACAGCAAGCCCGUGAGCAGCAGAUCCGGGAGCAACAAGCCCGAGAGCAACAAGCCCGAGAGCAACAAGCCCGAGAGCAGCAACUUAGAGAGGAAGAAGCUCGAGAGCAACAACUCAAGGAAGAGCAGCUUCGGGAACAGCAUGCUCGAGAACAACAACAACAGCGGGAGCAGCAAAUGAGAGAACAACAGGCCCGCGAGCAGCAGCUUAGGGAGCAGCAGCAGCAGGAACAGCAGAUGAAAGAACAGAGGCUAAGGGAACAGCAGCUAAGAGAGCAAAAGCUUCGUGAACAGCAAAUUAGGGACCAGCAACUUCGCGAACAGCAACUUAAAGAGCAGCAGUUGAAGGAGCAGCAAUUGCGGGAGCAACAAUUGCGAGAACAACAGCUCCGUGAACAAAAGGAACAGCAGCUUAAAGAACAACAGCUUAGGGAGCAGCAACUAAAGCGGGAGCGGGAAGAGCAAGCCGCCCGAGAACUCCAAAUGAAGGAAAAACAACGGCAGCGCGAACUCCAAGAGCAACAACGUCAAAGGGAGAUGCAGAGGCAACAGGAGGAGCAGCGGCAAAGGGAGUUACAAGCACAGCAGCAAAGGCAGCGCGAACUGCAAAUGCAGCAGCAGCAGCAACAAGCCCAGAUGCAGAGGCCUCAAAUGCCAGCCGCUCAGAUGAGUCGCCCUGUAUCACCUGCUAUGCAAAAUCAAAUGAGAACUUCCUCACCAGCUCCGAUGAGAGCGAAAUCCCCAGUCCCGCCCGCUAUGCAGCAUUCACCCCAUAUGGGUUUUCGUGGGACAUCUCCAUCGCCGGUCCCUACGGGAAUGAUGAACGAUAAUCGACCUGUCAGUCAGCAGAGUAGUAACACCUUUGUUAGUGCCAACAUGGAAGCCGACAUGCGACCUGGAAGUAGGAUGACGAUGAAUGAAAGGCCAAGAAGCUCAUACGGGUUGAAUGCCGAGACUGGGGCCGUCGUCUUACCCGGCGGACCGGAGCAGGAAACUGGAAUCGAGCUAAGAGAUCCAACUAGACAAUAUAGCAGGGACGGGAGGCCGGUUCUUCAAUAUGCCCGCGCGAGAUAUACUUUCACUGCAACGAUUCCUAUUGAGCUAUCGUUCGAAAAGAUGGAUAUUUUGGCAAUCUUGAGAACACAGGAUGAUGGGUGGUGGGAAGCCGAGAUUGUGGGCGAUCUACCGCCUAGUGCUCAAGCAAGGGACUUUAUAGGAUUGGUGCCUUCGAAUUACCUUGCCCCGUUGUAA